AGGUAAAUGAGUUCUCACGGCAUUAUCAUGUUAAAAGGAACGGCGGUUAUAUUUGUUGUCAUUUAACCAUCAUUUCAAGCCACAUCCUCAAAGAUAAUGGAAGAAAAUACAAGGUUUUCGGAGAUUCUGGCACCCACGCAUUGCGUCACGGGGUUAUGCUGGCCGGUAGGGUGUACCCACACCCAUCAAGCAUUUCAUCCCUGGACAGUCCAAGGUUAGGAGGUAUCACGUCCGUCAGAAACGUAAGUUGACUAUUGCAGAACCGUCCCUUUAGUAUGGACAGCCAGAUGGAUAUGGAAUGCCAGUCGCCGCCUGUUGUGUCCAAGACACCUGCAACCUGUUUUUCAAAGGGUUGUUUAGAUAUGGAGGAAGCUGGCAAAAUUGCCAUGGAUCACAGUUGGGGCUCCAGUUAUAGCGCACGUGUGAAUGACAGAGAAAGUUUACCGGCUGGGGAUGAACCUAGUUUACCUAGUGGCGAGCAGGGACAGCCCAGUGAUGAAAUAGCUGGACAGGAUACCAUGGAGGGAUUGAUGUACGACAAAACAUACCGAAGAACAUCUUUAGGGGCUGACUCUCUCUUUGACCAAGAUUUCGGUGAAGAUUGCCCGUUAGAAGAUUGUGAAUGUACUGCAAAUUUAUCAGCACCUGAAACACUCCUUGGGCUACAGUAUGCAGAUGACAUAUAUAAUAUGAAGAAACAGCUGGAGACAAAGUACCAUCCCACGAAUUGUAUGGCUGAUCAGCCUCAGGUGACAGAAUACAUGAGAUGUACACUGGUUCACUGGCUCAUCAAAGUCAACCAUAAACUCCAGUUUGGCCCCGAGACUGUCUUCUUGGCUGUGAAUAUAUCGGAUCGGUUCCUUGCUCUUACUCCUUUAGCUCAAGAUUGUCUCCAGCUGUUAGCUGUAGCUUCACUUUAUGUUGCAGCGAAAAUGGAGGAAAGUAUAGUUCCUGGGAUCAGUGAGUUAGUUGCAAUGUGUGGCGGGACCUACAAACCUCACCACUUCCGACUGAUGGAGAUCCUAAUCUUAUCUACACUGGAGUUUGUUUUGUAUGGGCCAACCAGCUGGUACUUCAUUGAACAUUUAACACUGAAAGCUAGUCAGACCUGCCCAUUUGACAGGAGAGUUGUGAAUGUGGCCAAGUAUGUGUUGGAGACUUGUCUCAGUAAUUAUGAAAUCAGUCAAUUUUUGCCCAGUGUUCAAGCUGCAGGAGCGAUGUUGAUGAGCAUAAAUACUGUCCCUUGCUCUCCAGUGCAUUCUGAAACACUUCAAGGACUGUUACAAGACCUUUACAGUGCAGAUGAGUGCCAGGAUACUACAAUAUGUUCCAGAUUAAUGUCUCGGUAUAUGACACCUUUCCUCUCUUGCAUUGACGCAGACAGACAGUAUUUAAAUCAUUCAUGUGAUGGUCCAAAUGAGCCUGAGGCAGAGAAACUGACACAUGAUCAGCCACCUCUCAGGGAUGAUCCAGUGGAACUGAAAAGCUUGUCCCUGGCUGAGUUAUCUUAAAACAGGGAAACAGACAUUUUUAAGUACUUUAUAUUAUUGUUUUGUUUUGGAGCAUUAAUUUGAUGUUCUGUGGUUACUUGUUUAUGAUUUUUGAGGGUAGAAGGUGUAGGGGGCUUGAGUUCACAACUUUUGAUAACAAGAUACAUAAUGUAUGUUAUGGUGAAGUUUGCUAUGUCAUUCCAACGUUGGGGCAAUGUUGUAGACUUUGGACAUAAUUACUUCGGUCUUUUUGCUGAUGGCAAAAUUGUUCAACUUCUCGCAUGUUUUGGGACUCGAGUGGAAUAAACUUAAGGCACUAGUGAGCUAUUGAUAUUUCUUGUUAAGGUAUGUAAAUAUUUAUCUUGUACAUUAACUCUCACUUUCAUAGACCAUUUUAAUUUUAAGUGUUAUUGCAUACUUAAUGAUUUUCGUUUACUCAUGUACUUGUGCAGAGAGGUAUUAAAUGAUUGGAUGGAACUUCACUAUAGCUUAAAACUUACUGGACGGGAAUUUCACUCCGCCUAGAAUGAUUUAAGUAUAAUGAUAGUUGAGUGGAUAUUUUGCAUUUUCUUACCAGUUUGCUGUGAGUUUACAAAACAGACAAAUAUUCUUUCUAGUCAUAAGUUUUUUCUUAUAAUCUGAUAAUUGUUAGCAGGUAUUUGUUAUAUAAGUUUGAUAAUAUAGAUUAAAAUACUUUCUUGAUAUAGAUUUCUAUUGAAUAUUUAUUGUAAUGAACUGAUAUUUAUUUAAACUAUUAAAAUAUAACUUAAA